AUGAAAUCCUCCACUAUGCUUUGUGCCCUGGUGGCCAGCGCGAUGGCAGUGCCAACGGCUCAUAAUUAUCAAUUACACGAGCGUCGUGGUUCCAUCCCAAAAUCUUGGCUUGAAGGCAAGAAGGUUGACGGAAAUGUGUCACUACCUGUGCGAAUCGGGUUGAUCCAGUCCAACAUAGACUAUGGCCAUGAGCUACUCAUGGACCUGUCUAACCCGUCCUCGAGCCGCUACGGACAGCAUCUGUCCGUCGAUGAAGUGCACGACCUGUUUACCCCCACUGAAAAGAGUGUGAAUGAUGUGCGUUCUUGGCUGGAGUCGGCGGGUAUUUCCAAAGACCGCAUCACGCAGUCAGCCAACAAGCAAUGGAUCCAGUUUGACGCCGAUGCCGAGGAGCUCGAGGAUUUGCUGCACACAGAGUACUAUGUCUACUCACAUACUGAAACGGGUCGAUCGCACGUGGCCUGUCGCGAAUAUCAUCUCCCGAGCUCUGUGCGUGAGCAUGUCGACUAUGUCACUCCAGGAAUCUCUCUGCGGGAGGUGACUGGUGUCCGGAGGUUGACCAAUAAACAGAAACGCUUCGACGAUGGGAUUCCCCCUAUUAUUGAGCCGAUUCCCUUACCAAUUGAAACGCUGUCGAGCGAAGCUUCGUCCUUUUGCGCCCAGGCCAUCACACCCCAAUGCAUUCAACAGAUGUAUAAUAUCAGCGAGGGUCACUCUGCCGUAGAAGGAAAUGAAUUAGGGAUCUUUGAGGGCAUUGAGGAUGUCUAUGCCCAGGAAGAUCUAAAUUUAUUCUUCUCGAGAUUGUACUCGAAAAUCCCCAAUGGCACACACCCAACUCUGAAGCCAGUUGAUGGUGGUCAGGCUCCUGCAAACACCUUCAAUGCCGGGGCUGAAUCCGAUCUGGACCUCCAAAUCUCCUACCCGAUUAUCUGGCCACAGAACUCCAUCCUUUUCCAAAGCGAUGAUAUGUAUUACGAGCAUCAUUAUAGGUUCCAAGGGUUCCUUAACACGUUCUUGGACGCCAUUGAUGGCUCGUACUGCAGUACCAUCUCGCCUUUAGACCCUCCAUACCCAGAUCCCAAUGAGGGGGGCUACAAGGGCUCCCUGCAAUGUGGCGUACCUACCCAUUUCCUAUCAGCGCGACAAUGUGCCGAGCUCAUGAAGCUAGGUACAAUGGGGGUUUCAGUAGUGGUCGCUUCGGGCGAUUCUGGUGUGGCUGGACGUGGAGGCGAUCCCACCCCCAGCAACUGCCUUGGUCUAGAUGGUAGAAUCUUUACUCCAGACUUCCCUGCCUCCUGUCCAUACCUUACUGCGGUGGGAGGUACUGAAAUUCCCACUGGUUCCUCGCCAGAAGACCACAAGGAGCAAGCAGUGACCAGGUUCCCGUCAGGCGGCGGCUUCAGCAACAUUUAUAAGGCGCCUGAUUAUCAGGCCCAGGCUGUUGCCGAUUACUUUGCCUUGGCAAAGCCCCCGUACCCGUACUAUGAGAGUGUGGACAACAGCAGCUUCGGCGAUAAUGACGGUAUCUACAACCGGAUCGGACGUGCCUAUCCAGAUGUGGCUGCUGUUGGUGACAAUGUCAUCAUUUAUAACAGAGGGAUAGCCGUGUCGAUUGGUGGGACAUCGGCCUCUGCCCCUGUUUUUGCUGGAAUCCUCACCCGCAUCAACGAGGAGCGACUGGCCGCUGGCAAGUCCACUGUUGGGUCUGUUAACCCUGUGUUGUACGCUCACACGGAGGCGUUCUUUGACGUGACCAAGGGUACAAAUGCGGGUUGCCAGACUGACGGGUUCUCUGCGGCCAAGGGGUGGGAUCCAGUGACCGGGUUGGGCACUCCUAACUAUCCGGAACUUUUGAGGGUUUUCAUGGGCCAGUAA